AUUCAUUAACACAAUAAUUCAUAAUGGCUACUUCUCAAUUAUUACCUUUAGAAUUGAUCGACAAGUGUAUUGGAUCCAAGAUUUGGGUUGUCAUGAAGAACGAAAAGGAAUUCACAGGCAAAUUAUUAGGUUUUGAUGAUUACGUUAACAUGGUUUUAGAAGACGUGACUGAAUUCGAAAACACAAAGGACGGUUACAAGACCCAAAAAUUGGAACAGAUCUUAUUGAACGGAAAUAAUAUCUGUGCUUUGAUCCCUGGCGGUUCAGGCCCCAUUUAAAGCGAUACACACACACACACACACUUGAAAAAUUGAUUAAAAUACACA